AUGGCGCAACCGACGCAAUCCAUAAAAUGUGUGGUAACCGGUGACGGUGCCGUGGGAAAGACUUGUUUGCUGAUAUCCUACACCACCAAUGCAUUUCCUGGCGAAUACAUUCCCACGGUCUUUGACAAUUACUCGGCCAGCGUCAUGGUAGACGGGAAACCGGUUUCGCUGGGAUUGUGGGAUACAGCCGGUCAAGAAGAUUACGACAGAUUACGCCCACUAUCAUAUCCUCAGACGGACGUCUUCCUCAUAUGCUUUUCCAUCGUAUCACCCCCGAGCUUCGACAACGUCAAGGCAAAGUGGUACCCCGAAAUUGAACACCACGCCCCGAAUGUCCCUAUUAUCCUUGUUGGCACGAAGCUAGAUUUGAGGGAAGACAAAGCGACCGCGGACAAUCUCAGGAACAAGAAGAUGGAACCCGUGUCCUACGAACAGGCACUGGCGGUGGCCAAGGAAAUCAAAGCGGUUAAAUAUCUGGAAUGUUCUGCACUGACGCAGCGAAAUCUGAAGAGCGUCUUCGACGAAGCCAUCAGAGCCGUGCUCAACCCUCGACCCGCGACAACCAAAAAGAAGUCGAGGUGUACCAUCCUCUAG